AUGGGAGAAGAGGUACCUCCGCCUCCGCCGCCGCCGUCGUCACCAGUAGAUCAGACGUUGGAGACGCCAUGGCAUUCUUACAUAUCGGAGGAUCUGCCCCGUACAGUCCAGCAGUCCACGGACUCCGCCAUUCGCUCUGCGCGCUCACUCCAGCAAUCAUCUUCAACACAUCUCCGCACGAUCCAAGAUUUUAUCCCACAAAUAAGAUCCCGAUACAAAACUAACGAAGAAGCUUUCUUUCACAAAGCUAAAGAUGAAUUGAUUAGAGCAAGAGAACACCCAGCUGUGGCCGCUGGAGGUGCUGUUACAGCUGCCCUCCUCCUUAUGCGUGGCCCUAGAAGGUUUUUGUUCAGUCAUACACUGGGCCGACUUCGAAGUGAGGAGGCACAAUUCGUUAGAGCAGAAAAGAAUGUCAAAGAGUUGAGUCUUUCUGUUGACUUAAUGAAGAAGGAGAGCAGAAAACUUCUGGAAAGAGCAUCUCUUGCUGAAAAGGAUAUGAAACGUGGCCAUUCCGACCUAAUGAGUGCUGGAACUCAAUUUCGAAAUCUUGCAAGAUCAGUUUACAAAGCAGAAGCUGGAGCUGCUGAUUUGAUGGAUUUGCUACGAGUAACUCCUGGAAGGGAGGCUCUAAAACUACGAGCAGAUGUUGCUUCUAUGGCAUCAUACCUCCGCCAACAAAGGACAUUGAUAGAUAAAAAGAUGUUGAAGAUUUCAGAAUUAGGCAUUCCUGUGUGA